AUAGUUCCUUAUCUAGUUUGUUGAAACACUCCAAAGUCCAAACCCCUUACUCAGUUACUCCCUUGAGUCCCUUCUCCCUCUCACUGUGCUAUGCUGAUGCCACUUCCACUACCACUAGUUCAACAAACCAACCUAAACCAAAUGCUUCUUUAUCCACCGUCACCCUCUCCUCGCUGCGGCUGCUGCAAUGUGUUCUCUCUCCACGGUCGCUGUUGCUCUGUAAUCUCUCUCCACCGUCGCUGCAACCUCUGAGCUCGUCCCCAUCUCUGCCUGUGCUCUCUUGUAGUUUUCUGUGCCUACGCCGCUUCUCUGAUUUCGCCGCAAGUCACCUCUCACCUUCGUUGCUGCUCUGCUCUCUGCUCGCCCAGUCUCCGUCACUGCCUUUAUACUCUGUCGCCGCGGGUCGGAUCUCUCCACCGAAAUGCUCUCUUCAAUAUAACUUUGCUCUUCUCCCACCUCACACCACAACCGCAAAAUAACAUGGAAACCAGCAGCACCCACAAUGGGAGUAGCAUGAUGUGGUUUUUCAAGGAUAGAGGGCUUGAUGAUAAUAGCAUACAAGGAAUUUUCAGAAGGUGCAAACGCCUUGAGAGUGUUAACAAAGAGAGAGCAAAUGAGAAUUGGGAAUACUUGAGAAGCAUUGGAAUUCAAGAAAGAAAGAUUCCCUCUGUUGUUUCGAAAUGCCCCAAGAUCCUCGCUCUCGGCCUCAAUGAGAAGAUUGUCCCCAUGGUUGAGUGUCUCAGGACAUUAGGAACAAAGCCCCAUGAAGUCACCUCUGCCAUAGCCAAGUUCCCUCACAUACUCUCACACAGUGUCGAAGAGAAACUUUGUCCCCUUUUGGCCUUCUUUCAGGCAUUAGGCAUACCCGAGAAGCAACUAGGGAAGGUGAUACUGCUCAAUCCUCGGCUUAUCAGCUACAGCAUCGAAACAAAGCUGAAGGAGAUUGUGGACUUCCUUGCUAGCCUUGGUCUAAAUAAAGAUGGAAUGAUUGGAAAAGUCAUAGUCAAGGACCCGUUUAUAAUGGGUUAUAGUGUUGAUAAGAGACUCCGACCAACUUCAGAGUUUCUGAGGUCAAUAGGCCUGAGUGAGUUAGAUCUUCAGGCGGUGGCUGUGAACUUCCCAGCAAUCUUAAGUAGAGAUGCGAAAAAGGUUUUGAUGCCCAAUUAUGAUUUCUUAAAGAAAUGCGGAUUUCAAGACAAACAAAUAGCUGCUUUGGUUGUUGGUUUUCCUCCUAUUCUGAUCAAGAGCAUACAGAACUCUUUAGAGCCCAGGAUUGGAUUUUUAGUGGACGUGAUGGGGAGACAAGUGGAUGAAGUCGUUGAUUAUCCCUGCUUCUUUCGUCAUGGCCUGAAGAGAAGGUUAGAGUUGCGGCACAAACUUUUAAAGCAGCAGAAUCUAGAUUGUAGCUUGAGUGAAAUGCUGGACUGUAAUCAGAAGAAGUUCCACAUGAAGUUUGGCUUGUUAAAAUUGAGUAACUAGUUUAUUAUUUGCUAUUAGUUUAAUAGUUUGAUCCAUAUAUCUGUCGUUUGAAAUUUUUGGAAUUUAAUAUUCAUCUGAUUGUUUGCUCUAAUCAUAUUCUUGUGAUCUACUGUA